AAAUAUAGAAGAAAUCGUCAUAUCUUCUCUGUAGUUCAAUCGUUAACGCAAUCAUGGCUGGUCAAAUACAACUGACUUUCCUCCUUGCAAUCGUAGUGUGCAUGGUAUAUGGUGCACCUCCUUCAGUGAUACAGCAUCUUGGCGAUGAAGAGAUAGAAAUAAGGGCAGAUCUUGAUAACACAGUUGACGCUUUAUUGCCUACCAUACGUAAGUUGAUUUUGAAAUAUGGAAUGGACCCUAUGAAAAUCACCGACAUUUCUAAGGCCAUUUUCCCACACUUGCCUGGGAAAUUAAAGGGAAACAUCGAUCUCACGGAAGGAUGGAUGCAAAAUUUAUCGCUAAUAAAACGCACCGAACACAUAACUGCGAUAUACAAAGACAAACGUUUGACGUUGGAUAUGAAUUUGGGAUUUGACGUUAUGGACUUUGACUACUCAUAUUAUCUACGGUAUUUGCUGUAUAAGAGACAGGGUGAUGUAUACGGUCGUUUGUACGAACUAGAUGUCAACGUCGUAAUGACGAUCGACUUGAAUGAGUACAACUUGAGUCUCGACUCCAUUAAGUUUUCUGAUGUUCAGAAAUUUGACAUAAAAUUAGAAGGCCAUAUUUUGGAUUCUAUUGUCAAUGCCGUGACUAAAAUAAUCACGACAGUUUUCCGAAAUACCGUAUUAUCGGUCAUGGAGGAUUAUGGCAAGCUUGUCUUCGGGGCGAAAAUCGAGGAAUGGAACACAAAGAUUCCACGAGCAAAUCGUAAAUAUAUAAUACAGGAGUGGCUGGACAUUGUAAAAAUACCCGCUUAGCUUCUGCAUUCGUUAUUUUGUACAUACGUCAAAAAUGCAAAUAAAUCUUAUAGCAUUAUUUUACAAUAUUCUACAAA